AUGCAGGCAUCUUGGCUGGCAUGGCAUUGUUGUUGGAGCAGCAGGCGGCUAUACGGCAGGCAACAGUUGGACAGCACACCAACCCCAACUGGCACACCAUGAGGAGAGGGAAGUUGACGGCCAGCAUUUACGGCACAGUGGAUGGUGUAAAAACGAUUGGAACCCUUUCUGGGUGGUUUUACUGCUAGUUUUUAUGGUUAUAAGGACUCACACUGGGGUACUUAAUGCAGGUGAUGGCUGCAUGGUGCAGUUUAUGAGAAGCAACGGGAGCGACUUCAUCAAAAUCUGCAUCCAGUUAACAUAUUUUGUGCUUUCAAGAGAACUGGGAACUCUGAAAAAUAACUUGGUCAAAUCCUGACAUCAGUGAUCUCCAGGUCAUAAAGUCGGAGCUCUAGAAAUAUGCCCGCGUUUCUGACUUGGAAUUCCGAGUUGAAUGACCAUUCAAAACGAUUUCCCCAGUCUGAGCUUAUUUUUUUUCAGAGUUGCCAGUUGUAUUGAACGCAGUGAAGUCGGAAGUCAGAGAUUUCCAAGUUCCCAGUUGUCUUGAACGCGGCCGUAGCCUAGUCGCAAGUGGGAAGAUUUUUAUAACCAUAAUGCAACACACUUUGAAGACUUGACAAAAGUGAUCCGCUCGAACGCGCCCAAUGAUUUAGGCUACAUAAAUGAAUGAACAAUUGCUGAUAUUUUCUUACCCCUUGCACGGUCAACAGGUUUGUUAAUAUUGUGAGAAAGCAUUUCGGUCACCGUGUGAGCAGCGUUGACGCUCUCUUACUGAACCUUGUGCGCUAUGCAGUUUGAUAAAGCCUGCCUAUGGUCGUAUAAAAUAAUGAUAAUAAAGAAGUGUUGGAGCGCCACCUGGAGAAAUACUGCAUCAUCGUCUUGCUUUUGGGUUGUCAGUAGUUACCCCAGCCACGAAGUCAAAGGUGUAUAUCGUAAAAAUGUAUUAAUACAAAUAAUAGUUUUCUGGUCUUAAUUUAAGGUUAGGAUUAGAUUCGCAGUGUGGUUAGGGUUAAAGUCAGGGUUGGGUUUAAAGUCUUAUUUUAAGAAAAAUUUUAGAAGUUGGCGGGGGUCAGCCAAUUGUGUUUUUGUGGUUGUGGUAACUAGUGACGACCGUCAACAUGUGUGGAAAUAACAACACGGCGAGCCUGAGGCUCACCUACGAUGGUUGUAAUCUUUUCAGACAAACACCACCAGUGUUAUCAACGCUAACAUGCAAAAGCAUACGAUCUAAAGAGGAUAACCCAGGACUCAGAGGAACGUUGCUGUUCUACCAGCUAGGCCUGCUGUAUGACGGCGUGGUGGAACAUGACUUACACCCAGCGCUCUCUGGGAUAUUAACCUGGUUUCCCUGCUUAUGCUGGCACCCUUCAUGAAGCACCCUUUGAAGGCUGUGCUGAAGGGGGUCACCAACGAUCCCAUGGACUUCUCGGUCGGCUGUAUCGACUCAACCAAUCAGAGCCUGGCACUCAUGUACAUGACCCUGGGCCAAGAACAUUCAGCCAGGAGGCGGCUCAUUCAGGAGCAGUCAGCCAGGAGGCGGCUCAUUCAGGAGCAGUCAGCCAGGAGGCGGCUCAUUCAGGAGCAGUCAGCCAGGAGGCGGCUCAUUCAGGAGCAGUCAGCCAGGAGGCGGCUCAUUCAGGAGCAGUCAGCCAGGAGGCGGCUCAUUCAGGAGCAGUCAGCCAGGAGGCGGCUCAUUCAGGAGCAGUCAGCCAGGAGGCGGCUCAUUCAGGAGCAGUCAGCCAGGAGGCGGCUCAUUCAGGAGCAGUCAGCCAGGAGGCGGCUCAUUCAGGAGCAGUCAGCCAGGAGGCGGCUCAUUCAGGAGCAGUCAGCCAGGAGGCGGCUCAUUCAGGAGCAGUCAGCCAGGAGGCGGCUCAUUCAGGAGCAGUCAGCCAGGAGGCGGCUCAUUCAGGAGCAGUCAGCCAGGAGGCGGCUCAUUCAGGAGCAGUCAGCCAGGAGGCGGCUCAUUCAGGAGCAGUCAGCCAGGAGGCGGCUCAUUCAGGAGCAGUGCGUCACUCCUCUAUCAGACCUCCGACUAUGAACUGUUUCACAUACUCAGACACGACAGUCUUCUUCCAGAUGAGGUUUAAGAUGGAGACUCCGACAUCAUCAAAUCUGUCGUUCUGCCCCUGAACAAGGCAGUUAAACCACUGUUCCUAGGCCGUCAUUGAAAAUAAGAAUUUGUUCUUAACUGACUUGCCUAGUUAAAUAAAGAUAAAAUGUAAAAAAUCAUCGGAGGACAAGAGAAAAGGAGGAGACCAAGUACCAAUGACCUGUGUUGAGAGCCGGCUUUACCAACAUCAGCAAAUCAAUAUUUUUAUACCAGAGUCGUUCUUGAAUUGCGGUGGCGUUUGGGUAUGGCGUAAUUAAAAACAGCAUUCUUUCUAGGUAUGUAUUUACCAUUAGGAUAACAUUGUGCCACCAGUAGGAGUCGUAACACCAAUGAGAAUUUUGUUUUAUUGAGGAUUUUCUUAAAUGGAGGCCACAGAUGCUUAAAUCUAAGGUCAUUAACGCAUAAAAUAGUUGACUAAAGGGAUAUGAUUAAUAAUUUGGCUCAUAAUGUUAUUUCCCUUUUUAAAUUGACUAACCCCAAGUGACACUGGAUUUAGACACACCACAUUAUCAAUGGAAUCCUCAAAUGUAUGACAUAAUUUUAAAAAAAGUGUGAUUAGCUAACAAUUUUCUUUAAUAGACCCCUCCCCCGAUGCUUUCCGCUGGAUGGAAUGGUUGAGGUCCUUGUAUAUCUUUGUAAUGCGUGGUUGUCAAGGCGGUAACACCAAGGAAAUAAAACUGAGGGACAGAUAUAGUAGUAAAAAAAAAAAGUGUUUUAAUAGCCUUUGUUUUUAUUGAUCUAUACAAUAUAUUAAAUACCUUUUUCAUUUUCUAACAUUCAAAAUAAUAUAUAGCUCUAAAUCCACAAAAUGUCACUACAACUUCACACAUCACUACUGGGACAAGCCAAUGUGAUUACUUAUCCUAAGUACUUUAUACUGCAAAACUUUCUGUUUUGUUUAAUGGAUUUGCAUUACAGUAGCUAAGAGGUGGAGAAGUAUGUCUAUGAUAAGGCGCUGCUCUACCUUCUUGACAGCACUGUCAACAAGGCAGGUCCUACAGGCCCUAGUUUUGUCGCACCUGGACUACUGUUCAGUCGUGUGGUCAGGUGCCACAAAGAAGGACUUAGGUAAAUUGCAAUUGGCUCAGAAUACGGCAGCACGGCUGGCCCUUGGAUGUACACGGGGAGCUAAUAUUAAUCUCUCCUGGCUGAAAGUGGAGGAGGGAUUGACUUCAUCACUACUUUUAUAUAUGAGAGGUAUUGACAUGUUGAAUGCACCGAGCUGUCUGUCUAAACUACAGGCACACAGUUCUGAUACCCAUGCAUACCCCACAAGGGGUCUCUUCACAGUCCCCAAGUCCAGAACAGACUAUGGGAGACACACAGUACUGGUUCAGAACAGGGCAGCGCGGCUGGCCCUUGGAUGUACACAGAGAGCUAAUAUUAAUAAUAUGCAUGUCAAUCUCUCCUGGUUCAAAAUGGAGGAGAGAUUGACUUCAUCACUGCUUGUAUUUAUGAGAGGUAUUGACAUGUUGAAUGCACCAGGCUGUCUGUUUGAGCUACUGGCGCACAGCUCGGACACCCAUGCAUACCCCCACAAGACAUGUCACAAGAGGUCUCUUCACAGUCCCCAAGUCCAGAACAGAAUAUGGAAAGCGCACAGUACUAAAUAGAGCCAUGACUACAUGGAACUCUAUUCCAAAUCUCGUAACUCAUGCAAGCACAAAAAUUAGAUACAAAAAAAUAUAAUAUUUUUUAAAAUGUUUAAACACCUUAUGGAACAGCGGGGACUGUGAAUCAAUACAAACACAGGAGCAUAAACACACGAUAGCAUACGCACUAUACAGUCACGCGCACAUGGAUUUUGUACUGUAUAUAUGUGGUGGAGUAGGGGAUCUGAGGGCACACAGUCUGUGAAUGUAUUGUUUUUACAAUUGUAUAAACUGCCUUAAUUUUGCUGCCUUGGCAGCAGCUAAUGGGGAUCCAUAAUAAAUACAAAUUGUUUUA